UUGUUAAUUUAUCUUCGAUUAACAAUUAAAAGCCCAAGUUAAGUUUCUUAAAGAAUCAGUUGAUCAUCGACUUGGAAUUGAACCAUUUUAUUCAAUCAUGUUUUUAGUCGUUACUUUGUUGUUUUCGUGUUCUUUUAUCCUCUCUGGUCAAGCUUUUUCAGAUGAUCGAGUGACCAGUUUACCAGGACUUUCGGGGAAACUAGAUUUCAAUAUGUAUUCGGGUUACCUUGAUGCUAGUCCAGGAACUCAUUUACAUUAUGUUUUCGUCGAGUCGGAAAAUGACCCAGCUAAAGAUCCCCUUUUACUUUGGCUCAACGGUGGACCAGGAUGUAGUUCGUUACUUGGAUUUUUCACUGAACAAGGUCCAUUCCGAUUGAAUGGAAAUUCCAGUUUGGAUCGAAAUCCUUACGCAUGGAAUAAGGUAGCGAAUGUUAUCUUCCUUGAAUCUCCUUCUGGUGUUGGCUAUUCUUAUAGUGAUUCUGGUAAUUAUACUCAUGAUGACGAUUCUACUUCACUUGAUGCUUUACUCGCGAUAAAAUCUUGGUUCAAUAAGUUCCAAGCAUUCAAAUAUCACGCUUUCUAUCUGACUGGUGAAAGUUACGCUGGAGUUUACAUUCCUACUUUAUCGGUUCGUCUUCUAGAAGAGCCUGAUAUUAACUAUGUCGGUUUCGCCAUUGGAAACGGUUACCUGGAUCAAUAUCUUCUUGGUAAUUCAAUGCUACGAUUCGCCUACUACCAUGGUCUCUUAGACUCUCAAACUUGGAAUACAAUCGUUUCCUCUUGUUGUAAUCACGGUGACGAGUCUCCAGAUUCUUGUAACUUUGCCACAAACACUAAUCCCAAGUGUGUUGAUAUCGUUAACAAAGCCAAUACUUUCAUCAACAAGAUUAGUCUUAAUCCUUAUGCCAUCUACGAAGAUUGUAAAACAUCAGCGUCCAGUUCAUCAGUGAUGCUCGAUAAAAAAUCAUCUAAUCACUCGACGAAAGUUCAAAGUUAUCGUGCUAAAUCUGGUUGGCAUUUAAUCCGCAACACAAUUAAUACAGUUUUCCAUAAAAGCUCACAUACAAAGGUUAAUACUGAUAAUGAAAAGGUUGCUGGUCAAACAAUUCCAUGUGUCGAUGAUACCAAUUUAAUUAACUAUCUAUCCCGAUCCGAUGUUCGAGAUGCUCUCAAAAUCCCAAGUACUCUACCUGAUUGGACUGAUUGUUCAGAAACAGUUUCAUCUAAUUACAAGAUGCAAUAUCCAUCGCUGAAGAAACAAGUUAUCGCUUCAAUCAAAGCAGGUAAACGAGGACUAAUUUACAAUGGCGACACUGACAUGGUCUGCGAUUUCUUGGGCGACGAAUGGUUUUCAGAUCAACUUGGCUUCAAACAAAUCGGUGAAUACGAACCUUGGUAUGUUAAUAAUCAAGUCGCUGGAUUUGUUAAACAUUAUCAAGGAUUCGCAUAUGCAACCAUUAGAGGAUCAGGUCACACUGUACCCGAAUAUCGACCUGCCGCUGCUCUUUACAUGAUUGAGAAAUUUUUAGCUAGAAAUAAAUUGGUCUAAAUGUAUAAUACAAACUCUUUGAUAUUUAUUUGAGACUUUAAUCAUAAUCUGUAAGAUUGUUAAUGGAAUAAAUUAGAUUUUAUUGAAUCGUUA